AUUUAAGCUAGCUUAGCUUGUCGCUCCGGCCGUUGGCCGUCAGUUAGAGAAGCAGCGGGGCGAUGCUCGUCGUGUGUCCGCGGCUCUGAAGGGACAGAACCGGACCGGACCGCUCUGGGAUGAGUUCUGGAAUCAGACACGAGCAGUAACGAGCGCCAUGGUGACCAAAAAGAUCCGGACCGAGUACAUGAAGAAGUUCAGGGAUCCCAAGUGGGAGACGUUUUCCAAAUGCUACGAGGACUCUCUGAAGUACCGUCUGACCCGGCGGGUGAUGGAGCAUUCCCACAAGCCCUGGUUCUGGGAGGGCUGGGACAGCGGCUCCGACUCCAGCGGCUGGUCCACUCCGAGGCUGACCAGGAACAAAAUCGUCCCCCUGUCCCUCCCACCGCCGCCGCUGUGCUCGGAGGUGAAGCAGAGGUUGUCCAGCCCCUCCAAACCUCCAGAGGACGGAGAGACGGAGGGCGGAGCUGGUGAGGCAGCAGUCGAUGCUGCACCUGCUGCAGAAAACGGCGUGAAUGAAACCAGCGGCGGUUCGAUGGUCGCGGCUGCAAACAGCAGCGGCCCCUCGGACGACACGGAGACGGACAACGGUCCCGCCGACACGCCGUCAUCUGACGGCGAGCCUGUGAAUCCGGCACCCAAGCGCCGCCACCGCCGCCGCACCCCAAGGUCUGAACCGGGACACCGCGACAGUUCCCAUGACGACAAACCGGUUGUCGUACGCAAACCGCCGAGAGCGAAGAGCCAACCGCCAAUCAGCUCCAAGGAGAUCCGACGGUCGUCGAGCCGGCUGGACUGGACCGAGAGACCGGCGGAGGUCCGGAGGACGCCGAAUGAGACCAACACGUCCGACGCCUGCGUUCAGACCCGGCGGGACACCGACAAACGGGGCUCCAACCUGGACCGGCGGCGGGCUCGGUCAGCUGACCUGGAGAAGAUGAGGCGGUCGCAGCUGACGGUGGUGGACGACCGCUGGAUGACGGAGUACAUGCGCUGCUUCUCCGCCCGGCUGAGGUAGAGACGGGAUCCUCCCCCGACCCGACUCCUGAAAACCAGGUUUCCUUAUAGGAGAGCAGAUACGAGACGGAGCGGCAGGGUUAGAUUAUUCAGCUGAACCAACAACAGAACCACGUCGUCUCGUCACAGUCCAACAGAACCGCCGAGAAGUCCAGACGUGGGCAGAGCUGCUGACAGAGAAUUCAAUUUGUUUUCAAAGUGAGGUGCUUCAAGUGUUUCGUCAUAAAGCCUAAAAAUGUUGCAGUAUUACUGGAGGCCGUAUCGUCCAGGUCUUGUUUUCAAGCUGGUUAUGAUUUAAAAGUGAAAUGAAACAAAAGAAGUCAGUUUGUUGAAGAGUUUAGUUUGAUGUUCAACAAGUUUUAAGUCUUCUGGAUGUCGUCUGAUAAUAAACUUUACUGAUAAACAAGGUUACAAAGUGCGUCACAGAAACUAAAGAAAUAAAACAGAAGGAUCAGAAAACAUCUUGGGAAGUCGAGUACGAGUAGAAUGAUAAAACUCAGUAACUGAUGAGAUCUGUGAGCGUUCUGGACAAAAAAGUGGAAAAAAAAACAGAAAGAGAAACUUGUCUACUGGAAAUGGGGGGAAAAAAUUGCAGCAUAAAAAUUCAAAGUUGUGACGUUUCUGUAAAAAAAAAGAAAAGAAAAAAGAAAACCUGCUAAAACAGAGAGAAUAUCGACACCUCAGAGUCUUUGACCUUCUACUCUACUAGGAACUAAAAGGCUCCUGCAGUUGUUUCCUGAGGACCCACAAACAUGCAGCAAAUUAAACACCUGAUGUCUAAAAAGGCAA